AUGGACGUCCACCACCUAUACGCCUUUGCAACAACCGGCUACCUCACCCUCCAAUCCCUCCCUCUGCUCUUCACCCCCUCCCUCAUCGUAUCUCUGCUCGCCUCUGAACCCCGACGGAUCACAGGCCUAGAGACCUACCUCUGCCGCUCCUCCGCCCUCACCCUCCUCGCCUUCGCCGUCCUCAUCUUGCUCCUCACCGGCGUGAUCCCUUCGACCAAUAGCUGGGAUGCCUCAGCCACAACGAGCAAUGGAGAGGAUGCAGCAAAGAAGAAUCCAUAUGCGCAAGGGACGGCCGUGAUAAUCACGGUGUAUCACGCCUUGACAUCCUUCUACAUCUACAUGCAAAUCGCCUCCUCCCGCUCCCGCAGCGGGACCUUCGCCUUCUACGCCGGUCUGACCUUCAGCGCCACACUCUUCUGCUUCGGGAUCUGGGUCAUCUUGUUCGCGGGCGAGAAGGGUAGUGUGAGUAGGAAGACUGGGGCGGAUAAGCGGACAGGGAACUGGCCGUUUGGGAACAAGGAGAGUGCGAGGGAGAUUAAAAAGGAGAGUCGACGAGAGGAAAAGGAGCGGGAGAAAGAGAAGGAUAGGGAGGGGAAGAGCGAUAAAGAGGGAAGGGAGAAGGAGAAGGAGAAGGAGAAGAGUAAGAGGCGGAGUGUGACGAGGGGGAGCUCGUGGCGGUGA